GGUCAUUCAUAAAGUAUGUACACAAGUAAUGGGGAAGAGGGACGUUUCCCAAAAGCGUGUGAAUGCAUACAAUGGGAUGUUAAAGACAGUGAGCAUAAAUUGUAUCUGAAAAACAUGAUGGAUUCCUAUAUGAAUUGGCGUAUGUUUGUAAAUGAAGACAAUCUUGUUGGAAAUGACAGAAUCUACAACAAGUUUUUGGAUAUUUAUGUUCUGCAUCCUCGAACUCAUAUUAGAGAUGGAAAAGCACUCUACACUGACUAUGAAGUUCAUGUAAAGACAAAUCAUCCAGAGUUUGCAAUCAAAGAGUCAAAUGUUAGACGGAGAUAUUCAGAUUUUGUAUGGUUGAAAACAAAACUUGGAGUGAAUGACAUUAUGAUGUCGACUGCUCCAAGUUUGCCUGGAAAAAGAUAUUUUGGGAGAUUUAAAGAUCAAUUUUUAAAGCAUCGUCAACUUGGUCUUCAAUUGUUUUUAAACAAGGUUGUUGAGAUCAAUGCUUUUUUGACAGACUCAGCACUGCAUUUAUUUUUACAAACAGAAUUAUCAAGAUCGCAAAUGGAUAAACUUCUCCAACAAGGGGUGCAUUUAAGUAAUAUUAGAGACAAGAUUAUUAUGCUACAAAAAAGUAAAAUUCAAAAAGAAAAAACAGUAGACAGCGAACAAUUGCGGUUUUAUAAUUUUAAAACAUGUGACUUUAAACGAUCAAUAAGUGUUGAUAAUAUCAUUGUUGCAAAGAAAGUUCUUAAUGUUCCUAAAGAUGAUGGCAGGGGAUGGUCUCAAUAUAUUGGUGAUGGUAACUGUACCUGGGAGGUUACAUCUAAGAAGGACAGUACAGACUAUUAUGCAGGGCAUGUUAAAAAACAUUGCAUGACUGCAACUGCAUGUGUUCUGCCUAGUGGCCAACUUCGUUUACCUGAGGAUUAUGCGGAGUCUAGAGACUUCAAGUCUCGACAGCGAUCAGCAAGUUGGCAUGGGAAAACAACAGAUCUUAUAGAACUCUUUCUUGAUGGUUAUGAUGUCAUAACUGCUGUACCUCCAGAUACUUGUAGUGAUUCUGAUGAAAUGAGUGUUUCAUACUCUUCCCAUCAAGAUGAAAUGUUUGAAGAAAGCAGUGACGACGGUAUAGAAAUAGACAUUUCAAAAAAACUUGAGGUUGAUUUAUCAGAGUAUACUGUUGUACCACUGCCAUCUGCACAGACUUUUUAUGGUAGUGGAAAAAUAAGAUCAUCAAACAACGGUUUUCAUCACAGCUAUAGUGGUAGUUAUGGCCAAAGCUGAUCUUUUUUUAUUUAAUGUUUUGUCUUUGUUAUUUAUCUUUUUUUAUGUAUUCAAUUUUUAUUUUGUUAUCUUUUGUUGCAGUUUGCAGUUUGUGACGAAAAUAUGAAAAAAAUUAAAAAAAAAAAAAUUUUAUACAUAAUGUUGUUUGAUAACAAAUGCUUAGCAUUACUCUUUUGAGAAAUUAUUUCUAUUUUU